GAGAAAGGCUGCCCAAUGGCAACAUAUCAAAACGAAAACCUCGGUUGGCAUGCCCCUGCCUACUCAGAGGCCCACCUGCAAGAUUUCUUGGAGCACAGGACACGCGAGCAGCUGGCACAGUUGGCUAAAUUAGUAGCUGCAGAGCAGGCGCGGCGCGCGCGCGAAGUUAUCAAACAAGGGAUCGCGCGGCAACGAAGGGAGAGGGAGCUGCGACUCGCGAGACAACGCGAGCAAGGCGUGCACGCACCGCCGAAGACGCUCCACCAUCUCGUCACUGGAAGUUCGGACGCGACGACAGCUGACGUCGGGCGAGUAAUCGCGGCCGGCGCGGACAUCGACGCGACCGACGGUGACCGCCGAACCGCCUUGUGGCGAGCCGCAGAGCGCGGCAGGACCGGCACUCUGCGAGCGCUGCUCGACCACGGCGCCGACAUAAACAAAGAUGUGACUAAAAAGGCGAGCCCACUGCAUGUGGCGGUGGCUAAUAAUCACACCGAGGCCGUCCGCGUGCUGGUUGACGCCGGGGCCGACGUGACGGCCGGCGAGCCGCCGCCGCUUGUUCUUGCGUGCCGCGUAAGCUACGAUGCCAUCGUGCGCGAGUUGGUCCGCGGCGGCGCCGCCGACAGCAAGCGCAGCGGCUACAAGGAACCCAACGCGAUCGACGAGGCGAUCAUCGCGGACGACCUGGCGCUCGUCAAAUUGCUCUGCGACUCCGGAGGCAGCUCGGCUAAAUAUGCCAACCUGCUCUACGCGGUGAAUUUCCGCUACUACGACAUGGUCGAGUACCUGCUCGCGGGCGGGGCGGACAUGUACUGGCAGGGCGGGAGCUGCCACGACAUAGUGCCGAUGAUGUAUGCGCUGUGGCAAUACUGGGGGAAAGGUAUCGUAGGGACCCCCGCAGAUGCACAAAGGGUCCCCGAUCAGCGCAUGGCGGAGAUACUCGUGGCGGGUGGCUACGACGUCGAUCGCCUCCAGGGCCGGGACAGCGACGACGGGAUUCAUGGAGAGCGCCUCGUUGUUUGGGCCGCGAAUCGGGAUUGCGACAGCCCAACAGGGGGGAGGCGGACUGCCUGCGUCGACAUGCUUUGCGGGGUGCUCGGAGCCGACGUGAACCUGCGCAAGAACGACAGCAGCGACGACUACCAGUACCGAAUGAUGUCCGCGCUCGACGUCGCCUGCUCGUACGGGCAUUUCGCGCUCGUAAAGAAAUUGGUGGACACGUACGGCGCGCGCGUGCACGAAACGUUGGACAAGGUGACGCACACAAACUGCGAUUUCGGUAACUGUCGACGCAGGAUCACCGUCGAUCUCAUGACGCCGGUGCAGUGGCUAUUUUACUGGGAUGGCUAUGGCGGUGCCGAGUCUUCGCCCGAAGAGCGGCUGCUCAUCUUUCGGUUCCUGGUGGCGCGAGGCGCGCGAGUCUCGUUCGGCGACGUGCUCGAGUUCCAAAUGGAGGACGUGGCCAAGUGCAUGGAGGAUAUAGAGAGCUCGCCGGUGCAGGAGGUGCGGAAGCGCGUCAAGCCGAUCAUCGAGCUCGCCGCGGCACAGCUGGAGGUCGCGCGGCAGCAGGAACGGGCCCGCCGCGCCGCCGUCGCGCGAGAAAUCUUGCUCUUCCGGUCCGGGCGAGCCUCGUUUGCCGAGGACAGCGACGACACUGACGACGACGACGAGGCGCGGCUUCGAUGCGGUAUCUCGCUCCUCGCGCGCGUCAGCCUCAAGGGCGCGUUUGGGCAGGGGUUCGCGCGGCGCGUGCUCGACCACGCCUUCGACAACGGCGAAUCGCCCCGCGCCCGGAUAGUACCUUGGGCCGACAACGAAGUUGGAUCCCCUUGCGCCCUGGAGCGACGCCACCGCGAGGCGUAUGAGGCCGCGGUGGGCGUAUAGAUAAGUAACACAAUGACUCCGGAA